AUGUAUACUCCAACACGCAUCGUGGCUCGAGCAGCCUUGCUGCUCUUCUCUCUCCAAUGUGCCCUCACAACCGCCCGUGCACCGCCUGAGUAUCUGGAGAGGCUGCUCAAGAAACAGGUACCAGCUGAACCUACGGGCGUAAAGACGAUCACGUCGCCAGGUGGCGCCACGAUCAGGUACAAGGAGCCAGAGCUGGAGGGCGUCUGCGAGACCACGCCAGGGGUCAAAUCUUACUCUGGUUAUGUCGACCUCGACCCAGACACGCACAUGUUCUUCUGGUUCUUCGAGGCAAGGACCAAACCUGACGAGGCGCCUCUAACUCUCUGGCUCAAUGGAGGGCCUGGGUCCGAUUCGAUGAUCGGCCUGUUUGAAGAACUUGGUCCUUGCAACGUGACGGCAAACGGGACGGCAGUGGUGAACCCUUACGCCUGGAACGAAGUCAGCAACCUCCUGUUCCUCUCCCAGCCCAUCGGCGUCGGGUUUUCAUACGACGACAAAGUCGUGGGCGUGAUCAACGAGACGACCGGCCUACCACAGAACUCAUCAACGCCCGAUGGCCGCUACAGCGAUAUCGACCCGUACAAGAUCGAUACCACGCAGCUGGCCGCAAUGGGGACCUGGGAGAUCCUGCAGGGCUUCAUCGAGAACCUGCCCGUCCUCGACGCCAGCGUCAAGUCGCGGAGCUUCAACCUCUGGACCGAGAGCUACGGCGGCCACUACGGGCCCGCCUUCUACCGGUAUUUCUACGAGCAGAACGAGCUCGUCAAGAACGGCACCGUGCCGGGCGUCGAGCUCGAGAUGCACACGCUGGGUAUUAUUAAUGGAGUCGUCUCGGGGCGCCUGCAGAUGCCGUACUAUCCCGAGUUCGCGUACCGGAACACCUACGGCAUCGAGGCGGUCAAUGAGACCAUCUACAACUACAUGAAGAUGAACUACUACUUCAACAGCGGAUGUCGAGAUUCUAUCGACUACUGCUUCGAGCAGGAUCGGUCUACCCCCGAUGGCAAGGCUGUCUGCUCGCAGGCCGUGGCGAUAUGCAGAGGUCUGGUCGAAGGACCAUACUAUAAUGUAAGUGGGCGAAACCCCUACGAUAUCCGCGCCAUGGCCGAUGCCGAUAUCCCACCGGGGCAUUGGGUCGACUACCUGAACACGCCCGAGGUGCAGAACGCCCUUGGUGUCGACAUCAACUACACUUCCACGAGCAGCAAUGCCGUAUAUAUCGGGUUUGACUACACCGGCGACUGGGUGUACCCGGAGUUGAUGGAGGACCUGGAGGCUGUUCUGGGUUAUGGGGUCCGGGUUGCUUUGAUCUAUGGAGAUGCUGACUACAUCUGCAACUGGUUUGGCGGAGAAGCCGUCAGUCUGACGCUGAAUUACACGCACUCUGCCGAGUUUGCCGCCUCGGGGUACACGCCGUUCGUGGUCGACGACGUAGAGUACGGCGAGGGUCGUCAAUACGGCAACUUCAGUUUCACGCGUAUUUAUGAUAGCGGACAUGAGAUACCGUACUAUCAGCCAAAGGCAGCGCUGGAGUUCUUCAGACGGAUUUUGGGCGACAUGAUCAUCUCGGAUGGAAGCGAGAAGGUGACGCCCACGUAUGAGAGCGAGGGCACCGUCAAUGCUACGCAUACGAAUAGCUAUACCACGUGGUAUACGGGACGCCCUGGGGACUGGAAAUAG